AUGUCAAGAAAUAUUCAAUGUCCUAUAAUUAAAGUUAUUCGUCAAAAGGAAUUUAUUUAUCCAGCAUGUAAAGAAUGUAGUAAGAAACCAGAAUUAUUACCCGUUAAAGAUAAACUUUCUUUAAACAGCAUAACAUGUGAUCGUUGUAAAGUUACAUGUAAUACUUUAGAUUUAACAUAUCGUUAUCGACUCUGUUUAUUAAUAUCAAUUGAUGAUGAUUAUUUACAAAGAGUUUUGAUGAAAUUUUUGGAUGUUCGGCAACCAAAUUUAAUAAUUUCAAAGAUCAAUCAUUAUUGGAUAUAA